AUGCUGUUUGCGCAGCACAAGGACCGGGAGUUGAUGCAUAUGGUGCUGAGGGCACUGAAUGAUAUUUGCCCAAAAAGCAAUGGGAGUUAUAACUAUUAUUGCCUAGGCGAGAUAGUGAAUGGGACUCAUACGGGAAUGGUCAACAAUGACUAUUUUACAGUACAAAAUGAAAAGGGAAUUGGGUUCUCUAUCCAGAAGCGGAAGGGCUCAACGAUCAAGGCAUGCCUCCGCUGCCAUCGACGAAAGCAACGAUGCGUGGGCUUCCCCGCAUGCACAAACUGCCGCGCUGCAGAUCUUCCUUGCAGCCGAGAUUCGACACCGUCGAUGAGACGUCUGGCUGGGCUUUCAAAGGAAGAUCUGCUCAAGAAGAUUGAGGCUCUCGAAGAGCAAUUGCCAGCUGCGGAAAGACAUGCCGAGAAUAGUCCAGAUUCGCCGGCGCACUUCUCAUCAAGACGGCGCCUUUCCGUUAGCUCUACGUUUUCUGAAACUAUGGAACCGCAAGUGGAAUGCGCUGAUGGAAAUGACCUACAGACCCUGCAAGCCGGAGAAGAGAACAUGGAGCAACCGGACAGUUCUCAAAUCUCCCCUACCCCGGUGUCGUUGUGUUCAGAUUCCGGAGCAAGGAUACCUCAAAUAAGGACCGCUCUUGAGCCUCAAAAUCCUCCCACCGUCCAUUUUGGAGGCACACGGGAUCUCAAUGAGCGAACAGGAUCGCAGCUACUGGUAACUUACCUGGAAAGCAUGCAUCGACGACUGCCAUUCUGUGACUAUGCUCAGAUUCUCAUGACACUGAGAGGUGGUGUAACUCCGUCUUCUGCCUCCACACCAAUGAACUUGUUUCGACUAUACAUGGCUUGCGCAAUUGGCGCAGCCAUUAGAAAGCUGACGGGGACGUCACACUCAGCACAUCCUGAACAGUACUUCCUCGAAGCAUCAAAAAUCAGAGAGUCCCUGAAAAAUGGCGACAUGGUGGAGGAAAUCGAAGCAACGUUUUGGACUGUUCUUUACAAACUGCGCUCUUCCUUCUCGUCAGAGGUUUGGUAUCUCAUCGGGUUAGCUAUGAGGACAGCCAUCGAAGUUGGACUCCAUCGAGAAGAUUACUACGAAGAUCUGGACCCAAAACAGGCAGAUUUACAUCGCCGUCUAUUUUGGGCAGUCUACAUCAUCGAAAGAAACGUCUGCUGGUCUUUAAAACGUCCCUUUAGCAUUUCCGAUCACGACAUCGACACCAACCUACCACUACCAGGAAUAAAUCCCACGUACUUGGAAGACCCCGAUCACCACACCUCAGAGGUGCAAGGCGGAUCACGAAGACCGCUAGAUCUAAACAUCUUUAUCGCCACCAUCAAGCUAAGCCAUAUCAACGCGAAGGUCUACACCCAGCUCUACCGAGUAGAUGAGGCUCGCUCUGCCCUAGACCAAAUCCCAUCGUUGCUUCACGAAAUUCGACAAUUCGAGGCCUCAUUGCCUAAAUACAGUCCACCAGAUCAUGACUUCCUUCAAUUGCACAUCAACAAUGCCAUUCGGGCACUCAUCGAGCCUUCCCUACCGACGCUUGAUCCGUCAGAUUAUCUGGCCAGGCGCUGCCUUGAAGCCUCUGGUGGCGUUUGCCAGUUCUUCAAGCGACUGAGACUUAACAGAUGUCUCGGUUACUCUUUUACGAUGCUUAACUCGGUUUUCAUAGCUGGGACAACCAUCUGGUACGGUUCAUGGUCCGCAGCCUCCAGACGCGAAACUGACAUUAUCAGUUACAUCAUCUUCAAAGAUCCCACUCUUUGGACGCCCGCCAGAUCCAAUGACCUCCGUGCCUGUUCUUCAUCUCUUUUCGUUGCAGCUGAACGCAACAGCGCCGUGCGAAAAUACUGCGAUGCGCUGGAAACAAUCAUCGAGGCGGUGAUGGAGCACGUGGAGAAGCUAUCACACCCCGUAGAUCUGGUGACAAGUGAGGACCCUAACAGCCCAGCCAUAUCGCCGGAUGAAAGCCAAAGUCCGCAAGAAGCCUUUGACAGGUUGCGUCACAUAUUCAGGGAAUCGAGAUUUGAAUUCCCAUCUCAUUCCUAUCCCAGCUAUCGCCUGAAACCGGGCGAAUCACCCAAGAGCUCAUUAGCAUCGACAUCAAGCACCAGCGGGGUUGCUGAGAAUUUCUCCCAAUACACCCAUUCAAACUUGACUGACGGUCUAGAUAUUCUCCAAGAGAAUCAUUGGGAUUUGAUAGGAGGGUUUAACGGAGCAGUUGAUAUGAGCUCUACAGACUUCUUGUUUAGUAGCGAUCAGUUUGGCCAGCAAGCUGUCGAUGAGCUCUUAUCGAAAAUGUCAUAG